AUGCAGCAGCUAACACUGUUGGUAGCACUCUUCGCUGCUGCUGCGGCACAGACAGCAGUCAACCAGUUCCCGGAAGGUUUCCUGCUAGGGAGCGCCACCGCGGCUUACCAGAUCGAAGGCGCUUGGAAUGAGGAUGGCAAGGGCGAGAACAUCUGGGACCACAUGCUGCACGAACACCCAGAGUACGGCACGAAUGGUGCCAACGGCGACGUGGCCUGCGACUCGUACCACAAGUACCAGGAGGACGUGCAGAUGCUCAAGGCGCUCAAUGUGGACGUGUACCGCUUCUCCAUCUCCUGGGCGCGCGUCCUGCCCAAUGGAGACGUUGACGUCAUCAACCAGCCAGGCAUCGACUACUACAACAACCUCAUCAACGAGCUGCUCGCGAACGGAAUCCAGCCCAUGGUGACGAUGUACCACUGGGACCUACCGCAAGCAUUGCAGUACAUCGGAGGUUGGCCCAACCCAAUCCUCGCUGACUAUUUCGUGGAGUACGCUAGGGUCUUGUUUGACAACUUUGGCGAUAGAGUGAAGUGGUGGAUCACGUUCAACGAGCCGGCAGCCUUCACCCCCGGCUACGCCUCUUCUGGAGGUCGGGCGCCCUCGCAGAACGCGUCAGGCAUCGGCGACUACCUGGCCUCACACACCGUGAUCAGGGCCCAUGGACUCGUGUAUCGACUCUACGACGAACAGUACAGGGCAGCGCAAAACGGCAGCGUAGGAAUCACGCUGAGUAUGCAGGGAAAUGAACCGGCAACAAAUUCGACAGAAGACUUGGAAGCCGCUGACCGACAGCAACAGUUCGAAGCUGGAAUCUACGCACACCCCAUCUACACUGAAGACGGCGAUUACCCAGCCGUAGUGCGUCAGAGGGUAGAUGCAAACAGUGCAGCAGAGGGGCGACCCCGAUCACGGUUGCCAACUUUCACUCAAGAGGAGAUCGCAUACAUUAGGGGUUCAGCCGACUUCUUCGGACUCAAUACUUACGUCACUAGUUUUAUAACGUCAGGUGAAACUGGAAUAUCUCCAUCCAAGAGCAGAGACUCGGGCGUCAUCACGGUCGGUGGUGGGCAAUAUCCAUGGGGAUUCCGCAACCUGCUGAACUGGAUCGUUAACGAAUACCCAGGUUAUCCAAUCUUUGUGACAGAAAACGGCCUGGGAAAUAAUGGUGGUCUCAAUGACACCGACAGAAUCAAUUACUUUACGUCUUACUUAACGGCUCUUCUACAAGCUGUUCACAUAGACGGCGUUCCAGUAAUCGGCUACACUGCAUGGAGUCUUAUGGACAACCUGGAAUGGAACGAGGGAUUCACAGUGAAAUACGGCCUGUAUCAGGUGGAUUUCGACAGCCCGAACAGAACGAGGACGCCGAAGGCUUCUGCAGGUGUCAUAUCGCAGAUCUACGAGAGCAGGGAGGUGCCUCAGGAAUACUUCCGCUACAGUCUUGUCUGA